UUUUGUUAGCAGUUUCGCCUGAGCUUAACAGAUCAUCAUUAGUAACUAAAAAAAAGAGCUUUAAAUUUGCACUUAUUAUUUAGAUAUGGAUUGGUACGUUGGCACCGAAUGGAAUGACACAGCACGCGGGCUACAUAAGAAGGUGUUGAGCCUUGAGUUUCAGAAAAUCGAGAAGCCAUUUGCUGUCAGCACCGUCUUGUUCAGCGUAAACAAACCAUGCAUAAACUUGGGACCCAGACCAAGUAAAUACUUGGGCUCCAGUGAGCUACAGGAAUACACGUUAGAGAUGGGCACUGCUGUAACUCCAAUUGAUUGCUAUUUGGAGCUGUUGUUGCAGCAGUUCAUACCUGGCGAAUCCUCGGCGUGCAGCAUUACAACUAAAACUGGCGAACGUUUGGAAUUCGAGCUAAAGCUGCAGCGCAUCAUUAGCAAUAAACAAGUGGAGAAGCUGAACGCAGCGGAAAUAUAUAAACUGGCACUAAGCUACAAGGAGAAUGGCGUAGCUAUGUUUAAGGAACAUCCAAAGUUUGCUUGUGACUAUUUCUCACGUGCAGCUAAAUUGCUGAUUACAUACAAACCCUUCGAUAAGCUGGACAAAAAGACAAACGGCAUCGAUGGCAGCCAAUUGCAGAUAUUGUUUGUGCAGAUACAAACAAAUUUAGCCGCAUGCUUUCUGCUGGAAAAGCGUUACGAGCAUGUCAUAUAUCAAACACAAUUUGUCGAAGAACAGGAGGAGCCGAGCGAGAAAAGCAUCUAUCGGCGCGCAUUGGCCUACUAUUACCUGAAGGAGUUCGAAAAGGCUCAGCAGUUGAUUGAGCGUGUCCCCAACUACGAGGAUAAACGUGAAUUUAGUAAAUUGCGCGACAACAUUGCGGCCAGCUGGAAAAAUAGCAAUGCCAACUACAAGCAAGUGGUGCAGCGCAUGUUUAGCUAGAUAUAAUGCGAAUACGAAUACUAUUUAAUAAAACCUAAUAUUUUGCUUUUA